AUGGCCAAACUUGACUACUUGCAAUACAAGCUUCACGAAAUGGAACUCGGGCAGAAGGAACGCGACGAAGAGUUUGCCGAGAAAUUCACCAAACUUGAAGGCACGAUCGAAAACAUUCAGUGGGCCAUCAUCCGCCACGAUCAGGAUGCUGGACACAACCUGACGGCUCUUCAGGCUCAUUCCCGGAAGAUUCUUGCCCAACAAACGGCGUGCGCCAACCACGAAAAGAUGCGUAACGAAAUCUCACAGUUGACUCAAAAACUAAACCAUUCUAUUGGUUCCUACUCCAUGCUGUCUUCGCUGGCGUCCAGUUUCAAUGGAACGAUAAAAUCAUGCAACGAAUCUCCUGCAAAUGAAUCUGGACUCUAUUGGAUUCAAGUGAGCGACAAUUCCAUCUUUUCAUCAGUGCCCUCUCGUUUGCGAGAAUCGUUCAAAUCGUGUAAAGAAGCUCCUGCAAAUGUUUCCGGAGUCUAUUGGAUCCAAUUGAGUGGAAAUUCCUUCACAUUCGAAGGGUUUUGUGAACAAAAUAGUUUCGGCGGUGGAUGGCUGGUAAUUCAGUACCGCUACGAUGGAUCUCUUGACUUCUACCGGAACUGGACGGAAUAUCAACAAGGCUUUGGAAAUAUCAACAAGGAGUUUUGGAUCGGGUUGGAGCGUUUAUAUCAACUCACAUCGCAGGGACGCUACGAGCUGUUGGUUGAACUAAAGGCUUUCAAUGGCAGUUAUAGAUAUGCUCAAUACGAUGAGUUUCAGAUCUGGAGCGAAUCGGAGCAAUAUCCCCUAAAGAAACUUGGAACUUACAGUGGCACUGCUGAAGAUGCUAUGAUUCGGCAGAAGGGAAUGAAAUUUAGUACAAAAGACCGAGAUAAUGAUGCAAGUAGCACUAAUUGUGCUGUUGAACGCGGAGGUGCGUGGUGGUAUGAAAGUUGCACUGAUUCCAAUUUGAACGGGAAGUACAUGAACCAAGACAAUUCUUAUUCAAUGUUUUGGUCGGAAGGCUUUACUAAUACCCAAGGAUGGGCAUAUUCAAGAAUGAUGAUUCGUAAAAUUUAG